GCGAUCUGCCAUGAGAUCAGUGCGCAUCAUUAUCACGAACAUUUUGAGACCCAUAACCCUUCAAUUAUCAUAUUUUAAUCGAAGUGAUAAUAAAGAAGAAAAUAAAGGUGCCUCGAAUCUCGGUUUUGACAUGUCAGAUAAUGAAAUACACAUGUACGCCGGAUAAUUCGAAUACGCCACUAUUUUCGAUCAGAAUAAGAUGAAAACAUUUCAGUAUUGCAUCUCUUCUUUUUUAUAUCGCAACUAGUAAAAAAUCCGAUAUUGUAUAUUCUUGCAUGACUAUAGUUAUUCCCACACUUUUCGAAACGACUGAUAAUGUCUAGUUUUUGGUGUACCGAUAAUGUCACGCAUGUUUUUCAUUGCGUUACCUUAAAAUACAACUUAUAAACAAUUGAAAUAGAAUUAUGCAAUUUUAAGACGUCAUAAAUCUAAAUCGGAACUAACAGAGGAAUAGAAUCGAAAUGAAACAGUGCCGGAUAAUCGGGCAUUCCAGACAAUAGGGUACCGAAUAAUUAGAACUUUACUAUAGAUAAAUAAUUAUAAAAUACAAAUUUAAUAUUGCAUGAUUUUCGCGGAAAAAGUGUCGACGAAAAUUCUUCGGCGAACGAAAGAAAGGCAGAGUGUGGGGGUAGCAGGCGGAGAACAUGGAAAAUUUGGAGGAGGUGUUGCAGGCGCUCGACGAGUUUCAGAAAAUGCGUCCGAGGGAGAUACCUCGGGAGUUGGAAGACUAUUUGUGUUGGGUUGCGAAAACCGGUGAUCCCGUUUACCAGUGGUCGCUGAUCAAAACAUUGUUUCGGGAGAAACUCACGCGCGUGAUGACCGACUUUUACGAGAGCUGUCCGACCCUGGAGCUUGCACCCUGCCCGAACGUCGAGCAUUUCAAUUAUGACACCAUGAAAAGCAAUCUUUUGGAGCGUUUAGAAUCCUUCGCGAACGCACCGUUUACUGUUCAACGAAUUUGCGAGCUUCUGACAACACCUCGCAAAGAAUACAACAGGGUCGACAAAUUUAUGCGAGCUAUAGAGAAGAAUAUCUUGGUUGUUUCCACUAGAGAGCCAGGAUCUAUUGCCAGGAGAAACGAGAAUGGUGAUGGUAUGGUAAAUGGAUCUGUGGAUGAGGAUACUUCUGGUACUCAACCGCCUCAGGAUGUAGAAAUGGAAUAUUGGGAAAAGGACUGUCCAUCGACCGUAACCAUUAAUGUAUACAGCGUUGAAAAUGAAGCACCUAUGUUACAAACCGUUGUACCGACUACUAAUGUUAUAAAAAAUGUAUUUGGUACGGAAGAAGUUUCUCAGGAGAAAACCGAGUCUAUAUCCAAAGCAGAUGUUACGACAACUAAUUUUGUACCCACCGUGUCAGAGUUUUCAGGUGUUUCAAAUUUAACGUCUCCGACACAGACUCAAGAGCCACAGAUAGGACCUACUAUACAAAAUUUGUCAUCCAUAGUUUCUGAAACCUCUGGAAUAUCAAAUGACAUUCCAGAAGGUAUAAUGAACGAGGAUACCAGUUCUCAACCUAGUUUAGAUUUGGAGAAUGAAGAAGGUGAUGUUACGGAGUCGACAAGGAAAUUACAGACAACUUUCCAGCCAAAAGAUUUUGGCUCUAGUGAAAAUAAAUCAUCCAAAUUUUAUUUAGACAGUUCCAAAGUAAACGAUAAAAUGAAGGUAGGGCCCAUACAAAUGCACGGACAAGAAGGCACAACUAAAACUAAUAAUGCAUUGAUUAAGUCUGACAUGGAGUCCAAAGAGCCAUUAAACAAUAAAGAGCCCAUUGGUCCAGUAGUUGAUAAUGUUUUACAUGCUUCCAAUAUGAAUUUCAAAGACACCAUAAAGUCUGGUACUGACACAGACAAUACAGAAGCAAUUGUAGAUGCACCUGAUACAAACACAAAAGAGAAAGAGACUCUAUCUUUGGAUAAUACUAAUACAGGGGAUAUGACUUCUGCAAGCAAUUCGAAUAAACUUAUCGGUAAUUUACAUUUGUCUACUGAUGAAGCAAUUUCAGUUGAGACUCCGUUUGUAAGAACACAAGAAGGCUCGUCUCUAGAUGUGGAGAACACAAAAGAUCAAAGUAGGAAAGUAGAAUUAAUUGAAGAGUUAAAACCUAUUGUGGAAGAUUCUUGUUCUAAAGACGAUACCACAGAAAAUUUCAGUGAUGGCCAGAGAGAAAACCAAGAGAAAGACACUUUGACUAUAACAGAAGCUAUAGAAGAUGAAUCCAGAGUAAUUAAAUCUAUAGUACCUGAACCAAUUCCUAUCAUAGAAGAACCAAAAGAUGCAGAAACAAUUGAUGUCAAAGAAGAAGAUUCUACUGCUAUUGUUGAACUCUUAGAAGAGCCUGUGGAUCAAAACUCUGCAGGUGCGUGUCAAUCAGAAUGUGAAGAGAAAAUGUCCAUUGAAAGCAGUGAUGUAAUAGAAUUGCAAGGUAAUAAUGUAGAUCCUAUCGCAUCUAAAGUAGAAGACAGUGACACAAUAAUGGAAAAUGUUACAAAUAAAAGGGAGCAAGAUACAACAGAAAUGAUGGAAGUAGAUGAUGAAGAAACAUCAUCAAUGUUUCAACAGGAUGAUGAACCAAUGGAACAAGAAACAGCUCAUUCAUUGCAAAGUUAAUAAUGUUUAAGAUGGUCUAAUUGCUCCUAAUGCUCGAUUUUGACUUUACCAGAACAACAUCAAACAUACAAGAUAAGAACAAACUUGUCUGUGUAAGAAAAUUCUCAUUAUAAUUGAAGUGUAAUUUGUAUGAACUCCAGAACAUGAUUCGACAUGUAAAUCACAUGAGAAAAUACUAUAAAAAAGUUGCAGAGUACGAUUAUGUAUUAUUUACUGCUUCAUUGACUCUUCUAAUUGCAAUUAAAAUCUGGUAAACUUUGGUAUUUACUUGUACAAAGACUUGUGCGUAUGAAUUUCUAAGCUCCUGUAGAAAGCAAAGAACUACCUAUUUCCAAGAUGUUAUACUAUUAAUGACCAGUUGUAGCUAUGAUUUGAGUUUCUGCUCAGGUCAGAUUGUAAAAAGUUUCAUCAUAAAUUUAUACAGAUAACGUUUCUAUUUAGGGUAUGGCUGUGCUUGUGACUGGAGCAUAAGAAAUUCUAAUGUGACUCCUAACAAAUGUGACAUGUGAUAGCUGUGUGAACAAAGAGCAUUUGAAAUAUGCAUUCUGGUGUUCUAAAGUACAUUUUAUCGAUAAAACAUCUAAUUUAUAUGUAUGAUCAUAGUUUGGAGCACGUUCCAAAUUCAAAUUUUCAGUGUUCAACUGGUAAUUGUUUUAUACAGAUAUUUUGAAAUUUUAUGGAACAAUUGGUGAAUGAAUUGAUAAUUAAAAAAAGAAUACGUCAAUUUUUAAAACUUCUUGACUCAAUAGGCACAGUUUUUCCCAGAGAUGACUGAAGAUUACAAAUGUUCCAAUUAUAAGUGUAAGCGAAAUUAAAGGACUGAUUUCAUUUUA